ACUAGUGACUCCAUGGAAACCGCCGAUUGGCGUUCAACCCAGCUAGUUGCUAGUUAGCUAAAAAGGAGCGAGUGGACAUUCCUGUAAAACGUUUUUAUUCCAUGUCUGCAGAGAUGAGUCGCACGCCGGAUGCGAGAGCCAGAGAUAACCAGACGAGGAAGAUCCAGGAGAACAUAACCAAAGUGGAGAAACACUUUGGAGACAUGUGCCAACUGUUUGCUGCCUACGCCCGCAAAACAGCCAGGCUGCGAGACAAAGCAGACCUUCUUGUCCGGGAAAUCGGCUUGUACGCCGACACGGAGACGCCAGACCUGAAGAGGGGGAUGAAGCAGUUUGCAGAGCACCUUGCCAAGAUUCAAGACUACCGCCAAGCUGAGGUGGAAAGACUUGAGGCCAGAGUCAUAGAGCCGUUAAAAAGCUAUGGAGCUGUGGUGAAACGUAAAAGGGAGGAUCUGAAGGCUACACAGAGCGCCCGAGACAGAGAAGCCAAGCAGAUGGCUCAGCUCGAGAAGACCAGACUUAGAAACCCUUCAGACAGACAGAUCAUCUCUCAGGCUGAAACUGAGCUUCAAAGAGCAACCAUGGAUGCCACACGAACCACCAAGCAGCUGGAGGAAACCAUCGAUGAGUUUGAGCGACAGAAGAUCCAGGACAUAAAGAAAGUCUUUGGUGAGUUUGUGACCGUGGAAAUGUCCUUCCAUGCCAAGGCUCUGGAGAUCUACACUGUGGCAUUCCAAAGUAUCCAAAGUGUGGAUGAGGAAGCAGACCUGGAGGUGUUCAGGAAUUGUCUGCACCCCCCUGAUUUCCAGUCCCGCUUAGACAUAGUGCGAGCCAAUUCCAAGACGUCCCUUGAUCACACCGGGUCUUUCCUGAGUACAUCAGGUACCUUACAGCAACAAAGAGCUUCCAGCCGCCAGACGAGAAGAGGGGAGGAGGAGGAUGAAGAAGAGGACGAGGAUGAAUCUGAGGAGGACGAGGAGGAGGAGGACGGUGAUGAGGAUGAAGACGAGGACUCAGACGACGAACACUAACCUCGUUAAGCCCUUUGUGCUCGUCAGUGGAGGAAGAAAAGAAUAACAAAAUACAGAUUGACUGUUUUAAAAGCGAAGUUGAGUUUCUUCCAGAUAUGCAUUAGGGUGCAUGUCUGCAUUUAUGAAAAAAACGUUUUCAUUGUCAUGUUUUGUAGAAGACAACCUUUAUGCUGUGCCGUUUGUUUUUCAGCAAGCCAUUCUUUUGAGCUAUAUCUUUUUUAUAUAUAGAUCUCACAUUCUCUAAAUAUACACUGUAUUUGUAUGAUUGGUCAUGUUCCAGUGAAACGGUACUCCGUCUAAUAAAAGAAUAAAAGCACCCGGCAUGCUCUCACCCAGGUUUUCGAUUUCGAAAAGCCCAGCAGAGCUUGAUUGUUAUUUUAGAAACUGUCGGGAGUGUGAAUCAGUCCAAGUGACAGUAGUUAUGUGAUGACGGCAGUUAAAAGUGACUCAUCUCUACCACAGACGUGCAAAAAUGGAAACAAAUGGGGAGUCGGAAACUUUUCGCGGCGCACCGUUUGCGUUCGUGUGGAUGAAUACGGAUGCAUGCGUGGCAUAAAUCAAGCCCCCCAUGUCCAUGCAUGUUGCACUUGACAAAAAACAAACAAAAAAAAAAAACCCUCUUGUGUGUUCAGGAGGCUGUGUGCUGUUGUCUGUCAUGGUAGAGGCUGCAACCACAGUGUCCGCUGAUGGCUCCUGUCUGUCUUGGAUGAGUCACUCUACACAAUUCGCAGCUGGCCGUGUCAUAAUGAAUUCUCUUCUGCCUCCGGUGCUCUAUGGCACACAUGCACCUGUGUUAAAGAAAUGCUAAAUAUGUGUGCAAAUUUACAGUCUUUUAAACCUAAAAUUUGAUCCGUACGCAAUAAACUCGAUGGAGACCGUAACCUCGCCUGCAGGGACAUUAAUUAUCUCACUGGCUUCGACUAAAAGGUGCGUAGGUGGUGUGUCAUGAAACCUCUCUGCAGCAGCACCCAAACGCACAUAAAGGUUAAUGUGUACGCAAACAUGGCCACACUAGCACGCACUCACGUAGCCGUUUGUCUUUACUGUGCCGAGUGGCCCGCGUUGCAGUGACUCAUCACCUGCAGUUUGUGUGAUGAGGUGAGUCAGAAGUUUUCCAAUCGCAGAUAAACCUUCCACUCCCUUAUCGCAGCCAAAGAGUGACUUUUGAGAGAAACUGGAUCUGACAGGAGCGAAGAGAAAGACUUGCACGAUUGGAGUGGUAAAAAAAAAAAGAAAAAGAAAAAAAGCGCCAGCUUUCUGCCUUAGCCAAGAAAGUCAGAGGUGCCAGAGGAGGCAAGAGUUGGUUUAUGAGUCAGAGAGCGAAAAAACAAAAACAAACAAGAUGCAAAGACAUAGGAGGAGGAGACGGGGGAUGCAGGGACAACUUGGAGAGGUCAGUCAAAGCUCCAGGUUCUUAUACUUGACUCAUAGGCCGGCAGCGUCACACCCCUCCUAUCAAACUCUACACCUGCGGCACAAGUCAGCCGCAGCACGGCCUCAUGCAGACGCCUUCAUGUGCUGCGUCUUUCCCUUGAGGUCACUGGCACUGAUCUUACUUUGCCAACAGCUUUUUUUUUCUUUCUUUCUGAACACCGAUUUAAAUGAGUACAAAUUGUUCAGAACUUGUUUAAAGAGAUUGCCUUAUUGGCGAGCGUUUCAAAUGACAUGUUUUAACGGCGUCGCAGCCAAGGCUUCAGUGUAGGCAUUAGUGAUUCGCAUUGAUUGGUUGACAGGAAAAGCGAGUGACAUUUUCUGAUAGAGAUUUUUCUUUACUUUUUGUCUUUUUGCAAUUACAAAUCUGAGUAAAGAUCUCAUGGUGUUCGUCAAAAAUCUAAUUUUGGGUCAAAUGUUCUCACAAUGUGCAGGAGAGGACGGGUCAAUGUAUAUUUAUUCGUCUUAAAUUUGCUUUUUUCCCCCCUGAAAAUCUUCAUUUUUUAAAUGUCUUUUAGUUUAUCUCAGCUUAAAUGUUUUUAAGUUAAUCUUCUUAAAGUGUUUUGCUGAAAAGCCCUUUGAAUUACCUUGUUGAUUACAAAUAAACCUGCCUUGUCUCAUU